AUGCAGCUGGAGGGAAACUUGAGGAGAGACACGGCCUCUGGGGUGCCGCAGCCUACUGGCGAUGCUGCAGCAGCACCAGCAGCAGCAGCGGCAGCUGCUGCUGCUGCUGCUUGCAGCGCUGCACUCACGCUGUCGCGCCAAGCUGCUGCUGUUGAGGCGUCGCAGCAGCUGCUGCACCAAACCGCCUCUGAACUCCUCAGUAGCAGCUCUGCUGCAGCAGCGCCUGCUACAGCAGAGCAAGUAGCCUGGGUGCAGGUAGGGACGACGCAGCAGCAGCAGCAGCAGCAACCUGCUGUACAAACUCACGUUCUUAUCCAUACUUUCGCUCAGGGGGAAGCUGAUCUUGCUGCUGCACUGCGGCGGGUCGCAGCUUCUGCUGGAGGCGGCAUCGUGCUCAAUACACUGCAGCAGCAGCAGCAACAACAACAACGGCAGCAGCAGCAGCAGCAGCAGCAGGGGACGGUGGCGCCUCCUGUAUACGCGGCAUCGAUUCAGCGAGAAGUAGCAGUACCACCACAGACUCCCGCUGUCGCGCCCCUCCCAGCUUAUAUCAACACCUUGCCCCAGAUGCAGCAGCAGCAGCAGCAGCAACAGCAACAGCAGCAGCACGCACAGGCCAUCUUCAUGCCAUAUGUUCCUUUAGAGCUGCGUCACAUGCGCACAAUCGCCGAUCCCUUCCAGCUGCAGCGCGAGCAGCAGCAGCAGCUACACCGGCAGCAGCAGCAAGGGCCUGUUCGCAUGCAGACGAGCCCAGCAGUCCUUUCUUUUCAGUAUGGAGGCCCUGCGCUGCAACAAACUUCACGCGCAGCUUCAACAGCAGCAGCAGCAGCUGCUGCUGCUGCUGCAGCUGCUGCUGCUUCGGGGGUAGCCGCUGCACUUCCUACCUCCGCGCCUCCACCAGCCGAGCCGGAGAUACACAUGGAAGAGCCGCUGCCUCUGCAGCAGCAGCAGCAGCAGCAACAGCUAGCUACUGCGCAAGUGCCGAUGCGAAGAAGCAGCACUAUGAUUCCAACAACAGGCGAAGCAGCAGCAGCAGCAGCAGCAGCAGCAGCUGCAGCUGCAGCUGCAGUUGCUGCAAGGCCACGCCGCCAGUCUUGGCCCUUUUGCGCUGCUACAGGGGCGCCAGCAGCAGCAACACCGCCAGCGGCAGCAGUAUCACCAGCAGCAACCAUAGCAGCAGCAGCAACAGCACCCUCACCAGCUAUCACCCCUCAAAGCACCUUCUGGCGUCGCGGUGUAUCGACAGCCUCGCUGGACCUCCCGCCACCUCAGCAGCUGCACUCGUCCAGCGCUCAGCAGCAGCCGCUGCUGCUGCCUCAGGCACCACUGUCCGCAGCAGCAGCAGCGGCUGCAGCAGCAGAUCGCAGCACUCCUGCUGCUUACACAGAGCCAAAUUCUGCAACAACGCAAUCAACUGCAGCAUUUGGUGUCUCUCUCUCGCCAACCGUGCAGCAGCAGCAAGUGCUGCAGCAACUUGACACCUCGGGUGUAUGUACACCUGCGUCUUGGCAAUUAAAUCAUGCGCAGCAGCAGCAACAGCAACAGACAGUACCUCCAGCACUUGAAGGGUCACCGGCCCUAGCUGGUGCUGCAGCUACCCCAAUAGCAACCCGUGGCUCACUGACGCCUUCUCACUUUUCUCCUGUCCUUUCACCUGCUGCUGCGGCUGCUGCACCUGCUUCUGUUGUUGCUGCGCCUGCUGCUGCUGCUCCUACAGCUUUGGCAUCAUCACCACUUCGUUAUCCUGGCGUGGAGCCGUGGGAGCGCCCCCGGCGGCGCUUUCUUUCCGACCCUUCUCCAGCAGCAGCAGCAGCAGCAGCAACAGCAGCAACAGUCCCCUUGGGGCGCAGCAACGAAGGUCUGGCAAGCUUCCUUAGCCGGGCCAGCAGCAGCACAACUUUGCGCCCUUCACCUGAAGUUGCGGAUGCAUGGAGCCCUGUCGCAGCAGACACGACUGUUGCUGCUGCUGGUGCCACAUCUGCUGCUGUUUCUCCUCAGCACCUCGGCAUGCGGCGCAACAGCUACCCCGUGUCCCCUGCCCUUUCUUCAAUGCGGCGGCACGCUGCUGCUGCUGCUGAGGGAGCGAUGAGGGCUGCAGCAGCAGCAGCAAGAGCCCGCAGUGCUGCUGAAGUCGCUGCCACGGCAGAUAGCCUUGCAGCAGCAUCGGCAAGGAGAACGUCUGCUGCUUCCAGCCGCAGCAACACCCCUACGCGUCUCUACUCUCCCUCCUCUGUGGCACCCUUCUCGCCUCCCAUGCCGCUGCAGCUCCCGCCGCUCGAGCCUGCUGCUCUGUCUCCAAAGCCGCUGCAGCAGCAGCAGCAGCUGCAGCAGCAGCAGGACUUGCUGCUGCGCUCCGCUGCAGCAACACCUGAAAGCUUCAGCUUGCCAACCUUGCAGCCGACGGUGCAGGGGCCAGUGCUGGAUGCCGCCGAUAACUCAGAAACGCCGCAACAGCAACAACAGCAGCAGCUGCAGCAACUGCAGCAGCAGCGGCAGAACAACGUGAUAUCUCCGUCUGUUGUAAGUACCCGGUCACCUGCCUCUACUGCUUCUGUGAUGCGUCCACAGAUGCUCACAAGCACCCUGUUGCAGGAGAACGUACAGUCGCCGCUGCAGCAUCAGCUGCUGCCUGAGUUGCUGCAACAGCCGCAGCAGCAGCAACUGCCUCAGAUGCCGCACCAGGCGCCAACGCACGCCAUGAGUCCACUGGUGCUGCAGCAAGCGCCAGCCUCCUCCUUGACUGACCAGCCGACCCAUCUCAUUUCACGUUCAUAUUCGUUGCAGCAGCAACAGCAGCACCAGCAGCUGCAGCAGCAAGAUGCAUUCCUUCCUACAUCUCCAAUGAGCCGCCAAUCACCUUCUCCAGCCACGCAAAGGGCCCUAAGCCCUCAGGGGACCCCUGAGCUCUUACCGCUGCAGCAGCAGCAGAUAGAGACGGCAGAGCCGUUGCUUGCGCUUGACUCGGGAAGCCUCAUAACGUUUGCAGCAGAAACCCCAGCAUCAGCUGACCAGAGCCAGCGCCUGCAGCAGCCACUGCAGCAGCAGACGCUGCAGCAGCUGCAGCAGCUGCAGCAGCAACAGCAGCCAAGCACUGAGCUAACCGCCACCGUCUCUCCUUCAAGAGCCGCUGCAGAGAGAGCAGCAGUAGCUGCUGCCAGGGCAACGGCUGCCGCUCAAAACGCCACAGCAGCAUGUGCGCGGCUGCAGCAGCUGCAGCAGCAGCAGCUGGUGCCUCAAGGGGUGGCGGCAGCAGCAGCUGCAGCAGCGAUGGCUGCUGAGACCGGCGCCUCUACAGCUCAGUUAGCAGCAGAGAGAGCGGCGCUUGCCGCUGCAGCAGAGGGAGCAACACCUGCUGCUGCAGCAAGACCUGCUCUGGCUGUCGGUUCUUCGUUGCUUCGCAGCAACUCACUCCCUGUGGGUCUGGCGUCGUCAGCUCGCCAGCAGCAGCAGCAGCAGCAGCAGAUGCUACCACUUCGCUCCAACACAGGAGGCAGGCUGCAGCAAGCUUCAACUCCGCGGCUGCUGUCUCCAGUAGCUCAUCAGCAGCAUUCAUUUCCUCUUGCGCAGCAGAACAGCUUCGGUUCAGGGCCCCUCAGAAGGGCCGACAGCUCCCUUAGUCUUAGCCCGGCCUAUAGGAAGCUUCAGCCGCUGCAGCGCCAGCAGCAGCAGCAGCGGCAGCUGCAACUGCAAAUGCAACAACGCACUGCUUUGCAGCUUCGAGAGCAGCAGCUGCUGCAGAAUCAACGCAGCCUGAGGCAGCAGCGUCAUGAGCUGGAGAGACAGCUGGCGGAGGAGCAACAGAAAGGAAGCACUGGAAUGAUACGCAGCAGCUCAGCGGGGCAGCUGCAGCAAAUCACUGACAUGCAGCAGCAAACGAGACUGCCUAGCCCUGCUUUCUCCUACCGACGGAUGGGCACGGGCCCCACACCACGCAGCAGUGGGACUCCUAUCAGGUUCAACUCUCUUGGGCAGCAGCAGCAGCAACUGCAGCAGCAGCAGUCACCUGUACGUACUCUAAGCAAUUGGCCUGCCUCACCAGUCUUCACGCCUACGGGGACCGUCGGGGUUGGCAGUCGCUCCCCUGGUUUGCUGCCAAGUGCAGCAGCAGCAGCAGCAGCACCCGCGGCAACAGCAUCAGCGCCAGCAGCAACAGGAGCAGCAUCAACAGUGUCAACACCGCCAGCAGCAGCAACAGCAGUAGCAGUAGGAACGCCCAUAGGGGCUCCAGCAGCUAUUGCUAGUUCUUUACCUUUCCACGCCCGCAUAUACUCCCCAGCUAGCAGCCCCUCAAGGACGGGAGGCCCAGCGAUUACAGCCUAUUCACCGAUUGAUGCAAUAUCUCCUUUCAACCUGCGGCAGAGCCAGAUGCAGCAGCAGAAGCAGCGGCAGCUCCAGCUGCAGCAGAUGCAGCAGCAGCAGCAGAACCGAUAUGCCUUCAGCGCCAUACCCCCCCGCAGUGAUUCCUUCUCCCUUAAUCACUUCUCAGCAACAUCUCCAUAUUCAGCCCCGGCAGCUCUGCUUCGGGCUAACAGCAGCGGUGCAUCCACGCCGUUCACUCCGCUGCAGCGCUACAGCAGCAUCAGACCCCAGCAGCAGCAGGAGCCGGAACUCCUGCAGCAGCAGCAACAGCAGCAACAGCAGCAGCAGCAGAGCUACGGAAAACCAAAUACCUCUCAGAAUUCUUUCAUUGGCUACCCUUUGUCUCCAGGUGCCUCUGCGGGGACCCCAAGGCUGUCUGCGCUCAAUGCAGAUACACCGCGUAAGUUGAGCCUGAAGCUGAAGCCACCCGGGUUCGAACCCUGGCACAUCAAUCCACCACACAAUCAAUACUGCAUCGGCAACAGCAGCAGCAGCAACAACAGUAACAGCAGCAACAGCAGGGGCUGCUUCGGUAGCUGUAUGAAGGAAGGCGCACUUGGGUGCCUUGGCGAUGCGCAGACUGGUUUGAGUCGCUUCGAAAGUACAUCUCCCACAUCUCGCUCACCUCAGCAGCCGCAGCCACAGCAGCAGCAGCAACAGCAGCAGCAGCAACAGCAGCAGCCGCAGCAACAGCAGCAGCUGCAACAGCCGCAGCAACAGCAGCAGCAGCAACAGCCGCAGCAACAGCAGCAGCAGCAGUGGAGGCGAGUGCAGUCAUCUGCGAGCUCCUUGUCUCCUCUGCAGACACAUCACCGGCCCCCUGUAGGAACACCACGGUCUUCUCUCAUGCAGCCGCACCUGAACGGUGCAGCAGCAGCAGCAGCAGGAGCAGCAACACCAGCAGGAACGCCACUGACAGCAACGACAGCAGCAGGGCAGGACGACAGCCCUGAGGACGGUGCGGUUACCGCGUCUUCCGCUCUUCGGCAAGCCGAACGUGCUGCUGCUGCAGCAGCAGAUGCAGCGCAACGAGCUGCUGCUGCUGCAGACGCCGCUGGGCAAUCCCCAGCAGCAAAUGCCGCAAGAUACAGGGCAGCUCGAGCUGCAGCAGCAGCACGCGCUGCCUUGAUUGCUGCACAGAAACGUGCUGCUAGCAUCAAGCCACCUCCCGCCAUCCUUGCGUCACAGCAGCAACAGCAGCAGCAGCAGCAGCAUUUGGUGAGGCAAAGUAACGGCGGCACCCCACAGCAGAGGCCCUCAUCUCCCCUUUUCUCACGGCAGCAGAGCACCAGCAGCACUAUAGGAGGCAAAUCAACCAUCCCCAGGCAAGCAGCAGCACCUUUUGUUUCUGGCCUUGGGGAUGCAGCAGGUGCUGUUGCUGCUGCCCCAGAUGCUGCUGCAGCAGGGACGGCAGCGCAGACGCCGCAGUCUCAGAGCCAGCGCAGUGCUGGGUCGUACUCAGUGCAACAGCAACACCAGCAGGAUCUGCUCCAGCAGCAACGACAGCAGCUCCACCAACAGCAGCAGCAGCAGCAGGAGCAGUACGACGACGACAGCAACCGCCAUGCUCCCUUGUCACCUGGAAGACUGCACCAGCCCAGUGAGCGUCCUUCCCUCUCAGCAGCAGCAGCAGCAGCCACCGCGCCCAGCCGAAACACAUUUUAUCCUAUGAUUUCUCAUUCACUUGUUAAUGGUGCAGCUUCUGCUGCUGUCCCAGGUGCUGCUGACAAUGUGCAGCAACAGCAGCUGCUGCUGCAGCAGCAGCAGAAUCGUGGGUCUUCCCAAGCCAACUUACACUCUAGCAGCACUGACGCAACUCCGAACGCACGCUGGUCUCACGUGGAUGCGUUGCUUCAGCAGCAGCAACAGCAGCUGCAACAGCACCGGCAGCAGCUGCAGCAGCAGCAGGAAGAGGAGUUGCAGAAAGUACAGCAGCAACUGGGACGAGAGCAACGCCAGCAAGUGCUGCGGCAACUGGUGCAGCAGCACAAGCAGCGCGAGGCAGCGAAGAAAGCAGCUCAAGCAGAGCUGGAGAAAAAUAUAGAGAGGCAGAGACAAAUAUCAGCGUUUGCUGCUGCAGCCCUGCAACCUCCCCAACAAGAAUCACCUGUAUCGUUUCAAGGCCUAGGAAGUGGUGGCGUGGCUGCUGCUGCUGCUUCUGAUGCUGCGGCUGCUACUCCUGCUGCUGCAUUAACCUUCGAACUGGCUCAGCCAAAAAACGGCGCAGCCGCUGCUGCUGGCGACGCAGCUGCUGCUGAAUACAGAGCAGCAGCUGCCAGCAGCAGCGGCAGCAACAGUAGCAGCACAGCUGCCCAGUUUAUUGGAGAUGCCCUUUAUGGGGCAGCCCCUAAGGAGAGCUACACCUACGGAGCUGAGGAACAACUCCAGCAGCAGCAGCAGCAACAGCAGCAGCAGCAGCAACAGCAGCAGCAGCAGCAGCUGAAGCAGCAACGGAGCCUUGCAGGCUGGGCUGGUCCGGCGCCUUCGGUGUUUAACUGCGACAACAUGGAGACACCUCAACACUCGGCGCUGCAGCAGCAAGAGGAGUGGCAGGCUGAUGGGGCUUUUGCAGGUGUUGUGGGGGCAUCACAGGGCCCUCAACAGGGGCUUUCUGAUCAGGCUGCAGCAGCAGCAGCCGUUGCUGCUGCUGCUGCUGGUGGAGCAGCAGCAGCUGAACCGCCAACGAUCGCAACGGACGAUGACAGCAACAGAAGCUCCUUUUCGUUUGAUGCGAAGCCCCGCAGAACGAAGAAACUGCAGCACAACUCUACAUUAAAUGGACAUACCUCUGAAACAGCAGCAGCUACUGCCGGCAGCAGCAUCAUCAGCAGCAGCAGUAGCAGCAGCAAGAACACGCUCGGAAUCCCGUCCUCACUGCGAGUGCCUCGCGUGCCCUUCACCUGGAAGACCUGCCGCUCGUUGCUGCUGCAGCUGCAGCAACCUGCAGAGAGUUUUUCUAUAGACGGCGAGCUGUACAGACACUGGCAGCUGUCGCUCGUUCCUACUCGCAUGUACCGCGGUAGAUUGAAGUCAGGGCGAGGAGUAUUUGUUAAACAAGUGCCGGCGAGUGUCUGGAGAUAUCAGUGGAAGCAGCAGCAAAGAUUUCAGGGACAGUUCAUAUGCGAUGGAGAGAAUUAUGUGGGGGAGGCCGCUGCUGCUGCCUUUCUUACAGAAUACCAUCCACACUGCGUAGCACCCCUACUGGCUGUGCUGACAGAAGGCAGCGCCAUCAACGACAGUGGAGAGGCUCAGCAGCAGCAAGUUCAGGAGACGCCCGGGGCCUCUGAGAGUCCCCUCAGCAGUUUUGCCCGUGCUGCACAGCAGCAGCAGCAGCAGCAGCAGCAAGGCAGCAGGAGCAGCAGCAGAAGGCACCGCACCGAGCGCGUCAUCCUCGUUUUUCAAUUGUUCGGUCAGUCGGAUCUCCUGGACUUCGUCGAGGCCAACAAACCUAUGCCUCCUGCGUUCAAGAGGAAGCUGCAGUUAUCACUCGCGCUGCUGCUGCAUUCGCUGCACUCUGCUGGCCUCGCGCACCUCGACUUUACGCCCGAGAACAUCCUUGUGCAUUCAUUGCUGCUCGGUUGCGUUGAUAACUACACAACCUCCAGCAGCAGCAGCAGCAGCAGCAACAACAACAAGGGGGCUUCUGAGGGGUUCCCGCUGCAGCUGCGGGCCUGCGACUUUGCAAAAGCUACGCCUCUCUUUAACUGGUCAAAUCUGCGUCUGCCUGCGUCUCUGUUGGCUCGGUAUCAUCGCCGUAGCAGCCUGGCGAGCUGCAGCAGCCAGGCAGCAGCAGCAGCAGCAGCAACAGCACCUGCUGCUGCUGCUGCAGCAGAUGCAGAAGAACCUGAGGAGCUACCGCCCUUCAUAAGCUGCGAGCCUACUAUUGCAAAGGGGCCCUACAUGCCUCCAGAGACCUGGAAAGUGCUGCGCAUCCUUCGAUCGUUAGGCAUCACCUUUCCCUUUGUGCAGAUAUGCGAGCCCCUGCUGUUGACUGGUCGGCCGCCUCCGCCGCUGCAGCUGCGGGAAGGAGACAGUGCAGCAGCAGCAGCACGCAACAAUGCAGCAGCAGCAGCAGCAGCACGCAACAGUGCAGCAGCAGCAAGGCGAGGGGGUGUCGACUUGUCGCUUGUCUUCUUUGAUGUUCGCAAAGCAGAUAUAUAUAUGCUGGGAGUUCUUCUCUUCUACUCCUGGGCAGACGGAGCUGUAUGGACAGCUUCAGACCCGCAGCAAGACGAUCAAUUUGCUAAUCUCGUCGAGGAGGCAUUCAACUUCUCGGUUUUCUCAGAAUGCAGGGACUGGCCGCCACCGCUGCUGGAUCUGAUUCGGGGAUGCAUACAAGAAGACCCCGAGAAGCGACUGGUGCUCGAUCAGGUGCUGCGGCACCCGUGGUGGGAUGCUGCUCUGGACGUCUGA